AUGGAUUCUAAAGUUUUAGAAUUUCCAAUAUUUAUUCAUCCGACUAAUAGUAGAAAUUGUAAAAUGGACGAUAUUAAAAUUUACGUAUUUGCGAUAAUAACAAAUUAUUCUCUGGAAUUAAAUCCAUCUUAUAUUGAUUUUGGAAUCGUGAAUACGUUGGAGACAGUUCGAACUCCGAGCAUUGACGUACUCGACGGUUUGGAAAAAUAUGGCCGCCAUAUUUUCCACGUGAAAGUCACGUCGAUUGCCGAAUAUGGAGGAUUUAAUGAAAAAUUAUUACAAGAGGAAGAAACGUUUUGUUUUGAAAGUACAUGGGUAUUUGAAUAA